AUUUCAGCACACUGUGAGGGCGGAGCUAAAGCGCCUGGUGACGUCAAAUCCGUCAAAUAGUAAUUUAUUGUUUUACUUUUAUCCGUUAAUUUACUAAAUUAAAACUUUCAGGUGGUCAAUAAUUAAACUACUGGAACUAUAAUAAGAUUUGUCUAUUUAUAGUUUGUAACAAAACAACAAUGGUAUUAUAGGUAAUAAAAACAAAGAAACUAGUGGCGAAUUCGGUAACAUAUUUGAAUAGCGGCCUACCGGUGCCACUUGGGCGGAAUUUUGGCUCCAAGGUCAACAUUGAGUCGAGUACAUCUUUAUUAUCAAAUAUCAACUCCGGCAAAAACGCUAGCGCGGCAGGCAAUCGGUCAUUGCUAUUCACUAAGUUAAGAGCCAGAAUAAUAGUUGCCUUCUCAUAACUUUAUAUGUUACCUAAGUACUAAAUAAAUUGGACGAAGAAAAACCAACAUUUUCUAACUCUUUAUCAUAAUAAAGACAAAAGAAGAAUAAUUGGAAGAUUAAAGUGCUACUUCAUUAAUUCAGGAAAACUUUGUUGUGAUUUUAUUUUCCUCAUAAGAAACAAUAAGAUUAUUUGGUAAAGGUUCUCAUCAAGACUUCUGUUUGAAUAACAUGGCGAUAGCAACUUAUGUAUUCCUUGAUUUACAAUCAAACUGUGUUCCACAAUCAAACAGAAAAGUUGAAAUCACAGAAUUGUGUAUGUUAGCUAUAAAACAUUCACACAUAGCGAAAAAGAAAAAAGACCAAGAAGAUCCCCGUAUCCAACAUAAGCUACAGAUGUGCUUCAAUCCCAAAUCUUCAUUGAAUCAAAAUGCACCAGAGACAGGAUUGACAGGAGAUCUACUAAAGAAUGAAGCAACAUUCAAUUUGGAAGUGUGCCAACUUAUCAAAGCAUUUAUAGAUGGUCUGGAAGCCCCUGUGUGUCUCAUAGCACAUGAUGGCUUUAAGUUCCACUACCCGCUACUUGUGCAGCAUCUAAAUGAAUUUGGUGUACAGCUAUGUAAAGACAUAGUGUGCACAGACAGCCUGUACGCUUUUCUUGAAAUACUGGAAUCAGAAAAAAGUGGCAGCACAAAGUAUGUGAAAGUGAAAGUUGGUAAAAAACCUAAGAAAAACACCAUUUCAAAAGCUAAACAACAGUAUAUUCAUAUUAUGAAAGGAAGUGAUUCUGACCUGGUGGGUAUGAGAGCGCACAUAAAUGAUUAUAAAAACAUAAGUGAUGUUGGUAAUAAGGUUUUAAAGGAAUCAGAUCGGGAGGAAUUGGAGUCUAACACGGCUGAGAACCAUUGCAUCAUGCUAAUGAGAAUGGUGCUUUCAAAAAAGGAGCAAUUUUUGUCAUGGCUUGAAAACAACCAAAGCCUUUUUUCUGCAAUGCCUAAUAAAUUGUAAUAUCAAACACAAUGUCUAUAAAAUAUUUAGACAGAAUUAAAAUUUUUUGUUCACUUAAAGCUCUCAUAUUUUGUAUGUAAAACUUGAUGUUUCCAAAUUGUGUUACUUAGUUGAGUAAGUACAACAAAUUUCUUGUUUAGAUUUUAUGUAAUUGUUAAUUAGUUAUAUCAAUAAUUAUAAGAAUGUAACUUUAAGUAUAUUAAUGAUGAUUGCAUUAAAUGCCAGUUGCCUUAGCACUUGCUUGGCUGAAUUUACCUGUUUUGUACCACCUACAAUGAUUGUUUAUAUUUAGUAAGUACUAAGUACAUAGUGCCUGAAAUUUAAUUUCUAAUGUGAUGAUUAUAAAUCUAAUGUGAUUAUUA